AUGUUCAACCAACUUUGCACUAGAUUUGCUCAACGCUCAUAUAGAUAUUACUCUUCAGUCUCUUCAUCAUCGACUAGUACAGUGUCUACAUCAAAUAUUACACCAUUCUAUUUCAAUUCAUCGGUAGCAUUGGGAUUGAACAAUCAUCGUUUCAACAACAUCAACACCUUAUAUAAUAUCAAGAACCACCUUGAAGAAGAUGUCAUUGUCGAAGAAGACAUGUAUGAUGACCUCUAUGAUGAUAUUACACAUGGACCAUCACCAUUAGAAAUCGAUCCAUUGUUUCAAUCAAUCUUGUCACCAUCAUCCCCAUUAUAUAAUACCACCAACAAUAGACUUUUAUUCAAUCAAGAAGAUCAACAUAUUUUAGAUAUAGACCAACCAUCAAUUAUUAUUAACGAUAUUAACAAUCAAGAAGAAAAUGGUAUUGAAUGUUUAAAGAGAACUUAUCAACCAUCAGGUUUGAUUAGAAAGAGAAGACAUGGUUUCCGUGCUAGAUUGGCAACCAAGAAUGGACGUAGAGUAUUACAGAGUAGACUUGACAAGGGUAGAAAGAGAUUGGCUGCUUAA